GAACGGUUCAGCCCGUGAUGUAGGUGUCAUGCAAUGCCGCAAUUUCCCCUACUUUUCGGGCUGCCGUCUCCGUUGCGUCCCGUCACCACAACGCAGGCAUCAAAUGUUGUUAUUCCAACCAGCGGAUCAUCAAAACUGCUGCCACCGACACGGAUAGCACAAUCGAGAGAAAAGGCAGUAUCACCUGGGCGAACCGCUGGUCUACGUCCACCAAGCACAAAUCUUCGACCACCAUCACGAGGAAAUGGAAACAACAAUGGCUCAACGCUAAGUUCGUCGAACGGUAGUUCGAUAGCGUCGUCGUCAACGUACCAGUCGAUUUCGGACCAUAAUAGUUCGGUGCCGAAAGCGAAGGCCACUUCGACAUCAUCGCAUCUGAAACCAACCUCGUCGACAGCGAAUUUGAAAGCGCCUACGGUGGUGAAACCACGGCAGUUUGCUGCAAAAUCGCAGUUAACACCAAAGACUGCGAUUACGAAACCAUCAGCACUAAAGCCUCCAGCCACCUCCGUUGCACAUUCAUCAGCACAAGUUGCUGACUCAACGAAUCAGUCAAAAAUGCUGAAGUUGAAAUUGUUUGGAGGAAAGGAAAAGGAUAAAAAGGACGCUACGCCGGUCGCAUCUCCAGCAGCGACAAGGAAGUCCUCGAACUUGGUCGCACCAAAGUCGAGCGGUUUGGCCAAACCAAAAUCGGCCAGCGAACUCAAACCGCCUUCAAGAAUUGCUGCACCUAAAAAGAAGGAGACGCAACACGUGCAAUUCCGAGCGCCGGCAAUUAGAACUCCGUCCGCUGCCAGCGCUGAUCUUACGGCGGAGAAGAAGCGUACAUCGAAGAGUAGCGAGGAGGAUUCAGCCUAUGCUGGAUUUGGUAGCACAAGCCCUGCAUCGUCUACACAAAGCUCAAUGAGCUUGCAGUCGAAUUCAUCAAAGGGUUCUCAUGACGCUGAAUGUCAGGCAGCGCCUAUUGUCGAGGAAAAACCGGAAACCCCUGAGCCAGUAAUGAAAAGGCGAGGAAGCGAUUGUCAGGAUAAACCUACCAUGGCUGUGAAAGGCAUGUCGGCUCGGCUUCCACCAACAACUGAGAAGAGCGAGCCAGAAACUGAACCGGAAACACCAAAGACAGAAAUACCAGAAAUCAAGAAGGCGCUACCAAGUCCAACGGUUGGAGUGGUGAGCCCAAUGCUCAGUCAACGACGGAUCGAGACGUUGGUGCCAGAACCACCAAAUCUCAAGCCCCCUCCAGCUCCUGUUGAAUGUGAACCAUCUUCAUCAACGAAACCCGUCGAAAAGAAAGCGCCGCCGGUACCAAGUCGCUCGGGAUCACGUGUGGAGACGACAUUCGAAUGUACACCUCCAGCAAUGCCACCUAUACGACAACCGCCAGCGUAUCAGCAGUUAGUAGAACAAGGAAGGAUACACCGUAGUCGACUGGGCCAGUUCGUCGAUUCGUCAACUAGCGAAGAUUCGUUGGACUCGGUCUCAACGACAAUUCGCAUUCAGCCACAAGCGACUGGCUACAGUUCCGAAGGAAAUACAUUAGAGCGAAGUGAACGAGCGAGAACUGUUGAACCAUCUGGCUACAUUUCCGAGGGAGGCAUAGCGAUCUACGAAAAAAUGCAAGCACGUCUGAGAGAAUAUCGAGAUAGCAUGCGUCGAGGGCAUUUGGACUAUAAUGACAGUUUCGAGGACAGUUCGUCAAUUUCUAGUGGAAUCUCGGAAAAUUUCGACGACAUAUCGACUGACGAUCUGAGUGGAACGGAUCACCCAAUGGCGACCGUUGCGGCUGCAUACGGUAAACUAGGCGAUUACCAGCAUUUUACAAGGAGUACUUUGAAAGGACCGCGAUCUUCCUCAUCAAACAUCGAUAGCCGAGCGAAACGCAUCGCUGAACAGGAAAAUAUCCAUCAACUACUGCAACAAUGUCGAACCAGUCAAAGAGGAGCUGCUUGCCAGCCCCUUCGCUCCCCUGGUUACGCCACCUAUGGUCCACAACUAGCCCUAUCAGCUGAUGGUGACACAUUAAGCGUACAUUCAAGAAGUUCCUUACGAGUAUCGUCCAAACGCCAGGAUCAGCCACUGCCCACAUUUGCCGGCUAUCAUUCUCUGGAUAGGAAAUCACACCUCUCUGACUAUUAUCGUGAAAGUUCCCCGAAUCGUUUGGGAGUUUUUGACAGGACAUCCAUGGCUGCAUUGCUGAGCCCACGUCGGAUACCGCAACCACCACCUGACAGUAUGCAAAGACACAGUGUCAGCGGAUCCUUAUCCGCCCGUGGAGCGCAAAACUCGGACAGAAUCUAUGCCAAUUUCCGCGAUGGCAUACACCUUCAUCGCCUUGCGGACGAGUUAUCACCGAGCCAUGCUCUGACCAAAAGUGAUGGCGCAGAAAUAUUAGGAUCACAAGCAUCGUUAGCAAGUGGAGGCACAUCACUCGGUGACAAAUACGAAGCAGAUAUUCGAAAAAUGGCAAGAGAACUUGAAGGUUACCGCUACACGAUCAGCAAACUCACACGAAAACAGGAAGACUAUUCGCAUAUUAUGGAAAUGUUCCAAAAUAAGCUUUCGCAGCUAAGUAAACAAGUGGACAAAUCACAACUGAAGCCUGACGACCUGAACAAACUUCGGCAGGAGAUAGAUCAACUACGUCUCGUUAGUGGACGGCUUGCGCAAGGUGGAGACGCAAAGAAAAGCAUUGAAGGAGCCGGGGAGUUGCUGAGACAGCCAUCUCUGGAAUCUGUAGCUUCCAUGGCUAGUCAUCGGUCAUCAAUGUCCUCGUCCAGUAAAUCUAGUCGAACGGAUAAGAGCAGCCUGAAUAGCUUUGGGAAGUCAAAGAAAAGCUGGAUCCGCUCUUCACUAACCAAGGCGUUCUCAAAGAAGAAGAAAGGUGGUGGAACGUCGGAUACUGAAAGUUCACCACAUCAUGCGCUCAAUACGAUUAGUGGAUCUUCGAGCAGGCUAGAUGAGGUUGAAGUCGACGAACUGAAAAAGAAAUUGGAAGACCGCGAUGUGGCCCUUACCGACAUCCGCUUAGAUGCUCUGGACAAGGCUAGAGAAGUCGAUAUCCUCAGGGAAACUGUGAAUAGGCUAAAGCAUGAGAACAAGCAACUCAAGAACGAUAUGUCCCGCUUGUUGGCUGGUCGAGGAUCCCGGGCAUCCUCCCAAGCUUCCAUCCCUAUGCUUGGAGAUGAGGAACCUGUCUAUGAAGCUCCACCGAGUAGUGCUAGUGGAAGCUACUCCAGCAAAAGAUCGUCUGGUUGCAAUUCCGUGAAAGUCACUGUAAAUGUUGAUCUACGUGGAACGAUAAGCAAUGCGAUUUGUCCCGAUAACGAGAUUAUCAUUGGUUUCUUGGCCAUUCCCGGGAAAGAAACCACCUGGGAAGAACUGGACCAGCAAAUUUUCACCCUUUUCGAGGCCUACAUAGGCCGCAUCGAUCCGGACCAUCAUCUUGGGCUACAUUGCUCGGAAAGUGUGAUAGGUUAUCAAAUGGGAGAUGUGGUCAGGGAGAAGGGUGCCGCAGCUCCAAAUCAAGUGCCAGGCGAUGUGCUUGCUCCCACGACUACUGUUAGGAUGUUUUUGAGAGGUGCUGCCCAACAUGCUGUAGAUUCUUUGGUACUUGAGUGCCUAUUUCCGCGAACAAUGCUCGAACAAUUGCUCAAAUUUUUGCUUUCACAUAGGAGGCUGGUGCUGUCUGGUGCUACUGGCAUAGGAAAGAGCAAUCUAGCACGUCAGUUGGCUGCUUACGUCUCUGUUCGCAUUGGCUUGGACAGAAAUGGCGUUGUUGAUGUAAAAAUACCGGAAGACACUUGCGACAAAGGCAUUGUUAAGGUGGAAAAGCAGCUGGAAAGUCUUCUGAGGUCUCCUGAACCGGCAGUUGUGCUAAUUGAUAACAUUCCCAGACAUCGUAUCGCAUUCGUCUCGUCUGUGUUCUCAUCUGUCGAGCUUAGCCAUGAUGACGGCCCAUUUGUGAUUUGCACGGUGAAUCGAGCCUGUCAACUACCCGAAAUGCAAGUUCACCACAACUUCAAAAUGUUCCUGCUCACUAAUCGAAUGGAUGGUGUCAAAGGAUUCAUGUCCAGAUUCUUGCGCCGUCGAAUCAUUGAAGCCGAGUUCCGCCUCUCCCGUCAAACGCCUCCAGAGCUUGUACGAGUCAUUCAGUUCUUGCCGAUCGUGUUACAGGCAGUGAACUCUUUCAUUGAAAAAGCCAAUUCCCUUGAUGUUACUAUCGGACCUCGCAUAUUCCUUCAAUGUCCACUAGGUGUGGAAGAAUCACGAACGUGGUUUGUACGCCUAUGGAAUCAGAAUAUUGUGCCAUACAUGGUCAAAGUGGCCAGAGAAGGAGUAAAAGUGCUGGGCCGAUGUGGAUCAUUUGAAGACCCGACAGAUAUUGUGUGCGAACACUGGCCGUGGCUGGACGGACCAUCAGGAGAAGAAUGCCUUAAUAGACUAUCGAUCAAAGAAACGAUUGGACAAUCGCUGCCAAAACAACCUUUCAACCCACUCGACACCCUCAUUCGAUUGCAAGCCAGCCGUAAUGCAGCCAUCGAUAAUGUUUAACCAGAAAAAUUAUUGAAAACCCAUUUUAAAAAAACCAAAUAUAGUUCUAUGAUUAACCCCGCAGUGAUUCUAGUCAUUAUAUGUAUUCGUCGCCGAAAACGGGUUCCAACACUCUCCAUCCCUCGCUUCUCACUCACAAGUCCCCGUUUUCUCAGAAACUGUGAUUUUUCGCGAAAUUCUUUGGUCGGUUUCAAGUCCGGUCAAAAUAAAAGUCGAAAAAAUUUAGUCAACUUAUAAACCUUCUAUUUUGAACUUCUUAUCGCAUAUUCCUCAAUUGCUAGUUUUUUAUUAUUCGUAAAACGCUCAGGCGCUUCAAAAGAUCGUUUUACUGUUGUAACUUCACGAGUCAUUGUUAAUUAUUUCAUUUUUCUUGUC